CUUCGAUGUCCUCUUCACUGUGGUCGACGGCGAGCAGAACUUGCUGCCGGUCGUUACUCUCGGCGACACACGGUAGCUCUCUAAUCACUCGCUUGCCCAAGCAGAAUGUCGCUCCUUUAGAUCCCACCUUCAACUCUGUGCGGUUCGCCAGUUAUGCAGCUCGGCGGGCUCCCGUUCAUAGGGCCUGGGAGGGCGGCAGAGGCCGUGGAGACUCUCGAGGUGGUCGCUCAUCGCGGAACGAGCUCCAGGAUGGCGACGAACCUGCUCCUCUUCAGGCAGACGAGACGGCAGCCGAGGGCGGCACCGCGCAUGAUUCCCCAGAUGCGACAUAUGACGCUCAGCCUGACUUCUCUACAUUGAAGGGCAAGAUUUCGGACAGGACUCUGAAGGCUAUCACCGUCAAGCCCAUGGAAUUGAAGCAUAUGUCACCCGUUCAAGCAGCCGUUCUCCCCCUUCUUCCCGAGCUCGCGCGAGGGUACGACCCAGCUGAAUACCGCGACGGACAACUCUCGGGCCCUCCUCGCGAUCUUCUCGUAAAGGCGAAAACAGGUACAGGCAAGACACUCGGUUUCCUCGUCCCCGCUAUCGAAGCACGGUUAAAAGCUAUCGACAAGGCCGGUCAGAGGGCUCUCGCUGCUGAAGGCGUUACGAGCAAUCCUGCCGUCGAGAACCGCGCCAAACGCGUGUUCGCGAUGAACUCUGUCGGUACUCUCAUCAUUAGUCCUACUCGUGAACUCGCGACCCAGAUCGCCAACGAGGCUAUUCGGCUCAGUCACUGGCACGAUGACUUCGAGGUCAGGCUCUUCACCGGUGGUACCAGCAAGAGGAAUCAGUUGCGCGACUUCAUCAGGGGCAGGCGCGAUGUCGUCGUCGCCACUCCCGGCCGUCUUCGUGAUUUACUGGAGAGUGAGCCUGAGGUUAGACGCGCUAUGAAGGAGACCCAGACACUUAUUCUGGACGAGGCCGAUACGCUUUUGGAGAUGGGUUUCCGUGACGAAAUCGACGCCAUCAAGGAAUUCCUUCCUCCUACCCCAGAGCGCCAGACCUUCCUGUUCUCUGCCACAUUGUCUACCUCCAUUCGCCAAGUCGCUCGUUCAACUCUCGAUAAGAGUCACACGUUCAUCGACGUCGUCCCGAAGGAUGAUUCUCCCGUUCAUUCACACAUCCCUCAAUUCCACACGGUUCUCCCCUCCGCCGCCGACCAGAUUCCUCACAUCCUCCGUCUCAUCGCUCAUGACCAGUUGUCCAACCCGGGGAAGUCCAAGCUGAUCGUUUUCUUGCCAACGACGAAGAUGACGCAGCUCUUUGCGACUCUCCUUCGUCAACUCUCCCACUCCGUCCCAGCAGGCAAACAAACCCGCGUCUACGAGAUUCAUUCCAAGCGUACACAGGAAUCGCGAUCCAAGGUUUCGGACAUGUUCCGCAAAGACCAGUCAGGCGCCACCAUCCUCGUUUCCUCAGACAUCUCUGCUCGUGGAGUUGACUACCCAGGCGUCACGCGAGUUAUCCAGGUCGGUAUCCCCGGUGGGACAGAGCAGUACAUCCAUCGCGUAGGUCGUACAGGUCGUGCGGGUACGAGCGGUCGUGGAGACCUUGUCCUUCUUCCUUGGGAGAUCGGCUUCAUCUCAUGGCAGCUCACGGAAUUCCCCAUCAAGGCCCUGCACACCAACGAGCUCAAGUCAGAGGUCGCAGAGUUGUCUUCCAAGCAUGACGCCGAUCCUGACGCAUUCUGGAAGGACCCCACUGGUCGUCCUGUCCGCAGACUGAAUCGAUUCGCGCCCAAUACCGCGGCGAGGCUCGAGGAAAUCCCGAACCAUAUCGAGGCUCUUUUCCAGCAGCUUGAAGAGGACGCGAUCAAGGAGACCGUAGCGUCGUUGCUCGGGUACUAUAUCGCCAAACAGUCCGAGCUUCGUGUUCAGAAGGGUGUCAUGAUUGAGGGCAUCAAGGCUUGGUCCGUAGAAGCCUGCGGUCUUCCCCAACCACCCUAUUUCUCCCCGGACUUCCUCGACAGGCUUGGUUUCUCGGAUAAUAGGACCAAGCACUUUGGGAAAGGACCGAAGCAGCAGCGAUUCAACGCGCCGCCGAGUAACCAUUGGCAGGGUCGUGGAAGCGUGAGGGGUAAGGAACAGAGGGAGAGGGGGUCUGGUUAUCGUGGGUAUGAUAAUGACCGACGUGGCGGGAACGACCGCGAAGGUAACGAUACGAGGAGUGGGGCCGAUGAACACAGGGGUCGUCUGUAUGAUCGGAGGACAGCAUCGCAGACAGCGCGAGGUGCGACUGGGAAUCAGAGGGGUGGAGGUUGGUCGGUGCGCCAGGAGGGGGAAUGAGUCCAUUCGGGUCGUCGGUGAGGAGCUUAUUGGCUCCUCGGUAGGUGGUCCUCCUAUGUUACAGCUACUGCUUUCCCGUCCAUGAUUGGAUUGUAUUUUAUAAUUCCUUUGCAUUUACUUACGUCUCCGCAUGCUUUCUCGGUCUCGUACGGUACACUCACUGCUCUCUCUCAUUCGAUAGACUAAAAGUAUGGCAUACGCAUCCUAUACAUAUCCUCAUGUUUUU